AUGAAACAAGGUGGUCGUCUCUCAGCUCCUAGCACACUUUUUAGAAAGCAAUGUUCAAGAUUAACGAGUGCAUCUUCACGAGAUACCGUUCAGCUGUGGACACUGCACUCGUUUUUAGUUAUGCAGCGCUUCCGAUUGCCUGUGGUCACGAUAUAUCACCCUGUCCCUUCUAUUCGCGACUUACAGUCGACUUCACCAAAGCGGCGUUUCGCCCUAUAG